AUGUCUUCCACUAAGAAACAGCUCAUUCUCAAUGCCUUUGCUAUGCAAGCACCCGGUCAUCUCAAUCCAGGUCUCUUCAAAUAUCCUGGCGAUCAAGGUUCUGAAUACAAAAAUAUCAAGUCAUGGAUUGCACUCGCCGAGAAGCUCGAAAAGGCCAAAUUUCACGCCAUAUUUUUUGCAGAUGUUCUAGGUGGUUACGAUGUUUACAAAGGUCCUGCGAAUCUUGAGCCAACAAUACCUGCGGCGUCUCAAUUUCCAAUAAAUGAUCCAUUAUAUAGCAUUCCUGCAAUGGCUGCAGCUACAAAAAGCAUUGGAUUUGGUGUGACUGCUUCGACAACCUACGAACAACCUUAUCUACUUGCUCGCAGAUUCUCGACAGUAGAUCACCUUAGUGAGGGACGAGUUGCAUGGAACAUAGUCACAUCAUAUCUCGACUCUGCAGCUCGAAAUCUCGGUCUAGAUACCCAAAUUGAACACGAUGAACGGUAUAGGAUUGCUCAUGAAUACCUUGAUGUUACAUAUAAGCUCUGGGAAGCAUCUUGGAGAGAUGAUGCUGUACAACCUCCUGGAUCGAAUUCAUACGCAGAUCCAAAAGGUGUCAGGCAGAUCAACCACAAGGGGAAAUAUUUCAAUGUACCAGGUCCACAUUUGUGCGAACCUUCUCCUCAAAGAACUCCAUUUCUGUUUCAAGCUGGAACUUCCUCCGCAGGAAAGAAAUUUGCUGCGACUCAUGCUGAAGCUAUUUUCUUGAAUGCGCAUACCCCAGAGCUUAUUCGUCCAUCGGUAGACUCUAUUCGUUCACAAGCUAAAGAACUGGGAAGAGAUCCGGCCAGUAUCAAGAUUGUUGCUGGGCUUUUGGUUAUUGUUGCCGAGACUGAUGAAAAGGCCCAAGAGAAAUUCGAAAAACUUGCAAGUUAUGGUGACCGAGAAGGAGCUUUAUCCCUGUUUGGAGGUUGGUCCGGAUAUGAUCUAAGCUCAUAUGGUGAUGAUGAAGACUUCCGAUUUAUUGAAAGCGCUCCCCCUGCUGUGAGAAGUAUGGUGAAUCACUGGGCAUCAGUAUCGCCGCAGGGUUUAACAUGGAACAAAAAGACAAUUGCCGAGCAUCUUAUCCUAGGAGGAAAUGGUGCGAAGCUUAUCGGAAAUGCAAAGACAGUUGCAGAUGAAUUAGAAAGGUGGGUAGAGGUCUCUGAUGUCGAUGGAUUCAAUUUCAGUUAUGCUAGUAUUCCGGAGACCUUCGACGAUAUGAUUGAAUAUUUACUCCCCGAACUACGGAAGAGAGGACUAUUUUGGGAUGACUAUGCUGUUCCAGGAGGCACCUUGAGAGAAAAUUAUUUGGGUGUUAAGGGCCAAAACAGACUGGCGGAAUCGCAUCCUGGAGCAAAAUAUUUCUGGAAAGCUGGAGAAGAUGUACCAGCAUAUGCAAAGGAGGAAACUAAGAAUGUAUGA